CUCAAGUUUUGUUUACAUCGUCGGCACUAAAUUUGUAAAAAAUUAAUCCUCAAUUUUGAUUAGUUAAGAACAUCAUAAUUAUAGUAAAAAUGGCACAAUCAAUAUCUGUGUCGGUAGAAGCACCGAUAGAAAAUCAAAUAAUGUCCAUAGACUACGAUGGAACGGAAGUUUACGCAAACCCAUUGACACAAUCAGAAUACCUGACACGAAAUGCAGCACGGAUAAAUUUCAUGAAAUCAAGUGAAACGACUGAGGAAAGUAAAGAAGAAGAGCAAGCAGUAGCAGCUGCGGCUUUUCAAGCUAGUUCCUCGCCAUUUGAGAAUAUCUUAAAUAAAUUAAAGGAAGCAUACACAGAAGUAACAGUUUUACAUGAUGUUCUAGCUGUUUCAAAAGAAAAACAUUACUUGGUGCUCGAUCCAGUUCCAAUGCAUGAACAAACAGAAAUUAAACCCAUGGCAGUUGUUUAUGCUCGAAAGAAGGCAUUAGGUAUGGCUGGAAAUAUUCUUAUAUCUGGUGCUGAACGUCUUAAAAGACUUGAUAAUGGUCCAGACUUCCAAAUUGAGCUACUUAGACUUCGUCAGAAUUGGAGACUAAAGAAAGUCAGCGACAAUAUAAUUGGUGAUUUAAGUUUUCGUACUGCCGGAUCCAAAUUUAUGCAUCCUGGAAACUUUGAAGUAUCGAAAUCGGAUGAAGUUGAUAUUAAAGGACCAAAUCCAUCGACUUUACAAGUCACAAUUCCAUCAGAAUUACAAGGUGUUGCUUAUAUUAAAGUUGUGACUCAAAAGGAUCAAGAAGAUUUAUGCUCUGCGAAUGUGACAAUGAUUGAUCAUAAAGGAAAGCUUCAAGUUGGAGAAAUAUCGUCGUGGCAGAAGAAACUAGAGUUUGCACAGAAUGUUCUGUUUUGUAAGGAGUUAUUCAAUCAGCUGGCAAGAGAAGCUGUUCAACUUCAAGCUACAAUUCCUCAUGUUGUAAUUGGGAAUCAAAUAAGAGCAACACUCUUGCCAGGCAUUCAGCUCAUCAUCAGCUUAUGUCAUUCGACAAAUUAUCAAGAAUUUCAAGAGGAAACAAAAAAGAAGGCUGACGAUUUACAUGAUCAUGUGCUUGAACAUUCAUUGCAUCAGUUAUUGCGUGAAAUUCACUAUAAAAAUACUCACUAUCCGAUUCCACAUUCUGGACAUGCUGUUGGAAUAGCUAAGAAGAGACUACUAGCUGGUCCACAUUCGUAUGAUCGACAUGAGUUGUGGGAAAUGACAAGAUGCCAGAAUCAGACAUUAUUGGAACAAAUAAUUGGUCAAGCACAGCACAUUUUCAUGAGAAAAAGGACUCAAUAUGUGCUUGAUAGUAUAGCGAGAGAUGUGAAAGAUCCUCAAAUUACGUCACAUUGGAAUGCUUUAAAUUCACCAACACUUUCGUGGGUUAAAAUUAACAUUACUACACAUGGAUAUGACACAAUAACAAGAACAGCACUUGUUGUGCAUGUAAAGGAACGAUCAUUAAUGGCAAUUUGUAGAGAUGGACGUGUUAUGCACAUGUCAUAUGAGCCACAAGAACUUCGUGAUUUAAUUCUUCAGCAAAUCUGCCAACAUCAAAUUACUGGAUUACAAAAUUUAAGUCGUUGCAUGGCAUGGCAAUUGCUUUCAAAUUCAAAUCAUUUAGGAAUCGGUGAUGUUGAACCUUUGGGAAAUGCGAAUGCUAUUUUAAUUGCAUCGCCUUUGGGCGACAGAGUUAUUGCUGUACAAGUUAGAUGCGAUCCACAAAUUGUCGUUAAAGUUUAUGUCUCGCAUAGUCCACGAGAGUUUUAUACGAGCGGACCAUUGGUGCAGGGAAAGCUUUGGGAGAAUCUUGGAAGUGAAUUUAAGGACGUUAAUUUCGAUAAGAUGGAAGGAAGGAACUUCCUGAACAAAAUGGAAUUUUUAAUGGCUGCGCUGACUAAAAUUAAAGAAUAAUUAGGCAGUCAUUUUUCAUCAUUUUGAUUUAAUUUAUACAAAGUUAAGAUUAUUUAUGUUAUAAGGAACCUGGAAGUUAAGUUGGCUAUUAAACAGUCGUCAACUUUCAAUUAAUAAAUCAUUAAAUUUAAUUAAAACUCAAUCACGAAUCAGUGAAAAGUCAUCAACAA